GGACGCCGCUGGGAGAGAGCCGCCCGACUCCAGAAGCUAGCGCCGACGGCUGCGGGAGGCUCGAUCGGGUAGCGCGGUAUCGGGGCACAACGUGCUGCCCUCUGCAUGGCGCGACCAGCAGAUAAACAGUACGACGUGCUCAUCAAACUCCUUUUGAUUGGGGAUUCCGGCGUGGGGAAGAGCUCGAUUCUGGUGCGGUUUGCCGACGACUCCUUCUCGCAAUCCUUCAUCGCCACGAUUGGGAUCGACUUUAAGAUCCGGAGCGUGGAGCUGGACGGCAAGCGAGUCAAACUGCAGAUCUGGGACACGGCGGGGCAGGAGCGGUUCAAGACCAUCACGACCGCCUACUACCGCGGCGCCAUGGGCAUCCUCCUCGUCUACGACGUCACCAACGAGGACUCCUUCUCCAACAUCUCCUCGUGGAUGAGGGCCAUCGAGCAGCACGCCUCCGACUCGGUCAACAAAGUGCUCCUCGGCAACAAGGCGGACACGAGUGGUCCGCUCGUCAGCCAGCGCCGCGUCUCGGCCGAGAGGGGGCAGAGGCUCGCGGGAGAGUACGGGCUGCAGUUCUUUGAGGUUUCGGCAAAGAGCAACGUCAACAUCGAGCAGGCCUUCUUCACGAUCGCGCGCGACAUCCACGCGCGACUGCAGAACACCUCUGCCGCAGCAGCCGCGGGCGCUUCCGUCCGGUUGGGGGAGGGCAGCGCCAAACCCGGCGGCGCUAAGGCGGGCUGCUGUUGAGGCUGCUGUUGACAGCGACGCCUCGCCCGUUACUGGCUGGCGGCCGUGGCGGCUCGCCCAUUGCCCGUUGAGGCAGGGGGCGAGGCUCUCGAGGAAGCCUCCGUUCACCCACUUUUGAGUGUACACAGUCUCUGCGCAGGCGGACCGACCUUGGGUCAGCGUGCAGGUCUCGGUCAGAUGACAGACCAUCCGAUAAUGGCUCAAUUGUGUAGACAUCGCCGUAACCCCCAUAUGUGAAGUACGCAGAUUCCACAAUUAUUUCGGGGCGAUCUCAGGUGUAGACAACACACAGCAUCAACGACAUCAGCCAUGGCAUGGCCCGGGCGUUGCGCGAAAAUAGAGCAGUCAUCUCCAGGAGAGAUGGGGCACCGCGCGAACACAGAGGCACAGUACGCACCCCGUAAAUAAUAAAUAAAUAAACAAA